AUGCAGAAAACCCUUUCCGAGCAAGACGUUAUGAAGGAUCAUGAUGAUCAGCUUGAUGAGAACGUGAUCACGAUCAGUACAACCACAGCAACACCCUUUCCCUCGCCUAGCUUCAACAAUACUACAGGAGAUGGAACCUUAGCAGAAUCGCAGCAGCAGCAAACAACCGAUGACUCUUCCGAAGACGAUUCUGAUGAUUUCUAUGAAGACAUGUACAAUUAUGAAUCUCUAGCUGAUGUACUAGAUGAAGAAGAAGAAUUAGUCAAAGUUUGGAAAAGAAUUCAAAACGUUUUCAAACAUCGUAAAGAUGCACUCAUGGACCGUGUUCAAAAUUUAUCCUCCAAUAUUAAGAAACAAGUGGAUGAUCGGAAACUCGAGUUGAAGAAGAGAAAGGAAAAAUUAGAACGAGAGUUAAGAAGACCUGAAACGAUCAAAUUUAAGGACAAGUUAGCCUUUACGUUGGGAGUAAUCAUUUUGACCUCAUCGACCUUUUUACUUGCCAAAUACCCUCAAUUUCUUCCCAAUUAUUACAUGAUCUUGUGUGUGAUAUUCAUGGUUGUGAGAUUCUUUUCAUAUCAUGGAAGAGGUUAUCAUUACUUUAUGCUCGAUUUUUGUUACUUGGCAAAUUUAAUUCUAAUUUUCUAUUUGACCUUGUAUCCGACGAGUCCACACUUGUUCAUGAUGAAUUUUGUGAAUUGUACUGGUCCAUUGUUAUUUGCAGUCAUCAUGUGGAGAAAUAGUUUGGUGUUUCAUUCCAUUGAAAAAGUCACAUCAGUCUUUAUUCAUAUUUAUCCAAAUUUAGUGAUUUUUGUGUUGAGAUGGAUGGUGAAACAUGAAGAUGGAAUUGUCAAGUUUCCUAUUACAAGGCAAGAAUAUCACAUUUGCAAUGAUGAAAAAUGUACGAUAUCGUUUCGUGACGUGUUUUAUACACAUAUCGUACUCUUUUGUUUUUGGCAAAUUGGAUACACGAUCAAAACCAAUGUAAUUGACAAGUCGUAUUUACAGAGAAGAGAACACUUACAAACCACGUAUCGUUAUCUCACAUCAAAAUCGUACAUUCAGAUAUUAAGUGACAAGAUUUAUGGACCUAAAUAUCGUCCUUAUGGAUUUAUUACUCUUCAAUUUAUUUAUCAUAUGCUUACACUCAUUCCCGUGAAAUUUGCAUUUGACAAUUUCUACCUUCAUGCUCUCAUGCUUUCAGGCGUGUUUUUAUGUUCAAUUUACAAUGGAGCCUCUUUUUACUUUGAGAGAUUUGUACAACAUUAUGUGGAGGAUUUAAACAAGAUCGCAGACAAACUCGAAAAAGAGGAGCGAGAGGCAGAAGCUUUGGAACGACUGACUCAGCAGUCAAAUGCUGAACAACAUGUGAAAUGUGGCAGCAUUGAGACCCCACAAGAAUCAAGAAAUAUGGUUUCCAACAUUGUACAGUAA